AAUAUGGUGGUUUCCCGCGCACGCGCCUCGGUGGUGAGCAGCGGCAGCACGAUGGCAGUGGCAGUGCCCGCAGUUUCUACAAUCUACAGCAUGGUUUUCCUGCAUUGUCAGCCGGUGACAAGUGAGGUCAGCCUGAGUUGAGGGGUCACACCGGGGCAGACGGAAGUGCGCGUGUCGGGGUACAGCCAGACCUUCCCGGGAGGGUGCGAUGGACUGAACCCCUACUGAGACCAUGAUGUGACCCUCCACGACACUACCACCACCACCAUAACUCCCACGACCACUCCUACCGCGACGGCCAUUACUGCUACCACGACGCUCAGCCCUCAUCGCGUGGAACACAGGCAGAUGGUGGGCGCGUCGGGACGUUUCGAACUAGAGGUGGUGGAAGUUCAGAAUCCUCGCUCUGAGGUCCGCUCCGGCAAGUGCUGCGGCGGGGCGGAGCGGCCCUCCGACGAUGCUCCGUGCCCGAGUCAGUGCAGGACAGUGGUGGCGCUGUGCCUCAAGGAGUACCAAAGUGUGGCCGUGGAGGGCAGCAAGGCGGCCCCGCGUGCCCAGCCUGACACCAGCAGUGGCCGCGGCGGCUGCACCUACGGCGAGGACACGUCCGUUGUGCUGGGCCUCUCCUCCUUCACGCUGACCCAGUCUCCGCCCAACGCACACAUCCAGCUGCCCUUCACCUUCUCCUGGACGGUGAGUGGCCUUGUGAGACGGCCGGAUGCUGGGCCGACAGGUGAGAGUGUCUUCGGGGAGGCGAUCAACGCGGGGCCGAUGCAGGUGGGGCGGGGCGGAGCGGGCCUUGUUGACGCCUCGGGCCUUUAUUUUUUGAAGUUGCAAAGGUCAUAAAGAACACACACACACACACACACACACACACACACACACACACACACACACACACACACACACACACACACACACACACACACACACACACACACACACACACACACACACACACACACACACACACACACACACACACACACACACACACACACACACACACACACACACACACACACACACACACACAUAUUCAAUCGUGCAUUCUCGCCCUCACCUUAACACCCAUACUACUUACUUUCACAUCCUUCAUCAUAAUAUCAUCCUUCCAACUCACUCCUUCACCCCAACUUUAUUCUUUAAUUCACUCCCUCACCCCAUCACCCUAUAACACACUCCCUCACCCCUGUAACACCCCUUCACCUCAUUCCCCCCACUGUAACGUCAUCCCUGCUGCUUCUCUCCUGACCCCAUCUAACAUCUGUCGACAUCAGCGCCUGUUUAGACACUCGGCAGGGGAGGAAGAGCUGUCUGUUUACCUGCGGCAGCCUCACCCCUUCUGCAGUAGCCUCACGUCUCUCCCUGCCCUCCCCCUCGAGACCCGGAAGGUGGUGGAAUCAUGUUACAGCGCCCGUCUUAAAUAAUAAACAAAUCCCCCUGAAGGAGAAUAUUUAUAAAACUCAUAAUAUAAAGCCUCACACAGGUAGCCAAGAAGGGAGAGAGAGAGAGAGAGAGAGAGAGAGAGAGAGAGAGAGAGAGAGAGAGAGAGAGAGAGAGAGAGAGAGAUUGGAAUCUUUAGUAUAUCGUUGAUUAGGGAAAAGGUUUCAGGCAGGUGAGAAAGGUAAGGAAGGCGAAGGAGAGAAGAGGAGAGAAGGUAAAGAGUGGAAGAAAUAAGAGUGGCAGUGAGAUGAUGAAGAAGAGGUGAGAUGGGGACGAGAGGACGCCAGACCGAGUCAGAGAGGGAAGAGAGGAAAGGGAAGGGAAGGAGCCCAGGUGAGGGGAGGAAAGGUGAGCGCCCCUCCCCUCGCUGUGUUGAUGGGGAGGCAGCGUAAACUGGCGGGGGCGGCGCGUCGGUGGUAAAUAUUAUCAUACACUGAUCUCACCCCUUGCAUGCAUCACCCCAGCCAAACCCUCGCAGCCCGCCCAUGGCACUCCACGCCUACACCCCACACGCCCACACUGCUCCCUAAUUCCUUAAUACGCCUUUCUCCUCCUCUUUCAACGCCUCUUCAUCUUCCUGUGCUACUUUCCUCUGGUGGCAAGGAUCGCUCGUACAACAAUGCACACAACCUCACUAUGAACACGCAAAAAGUCACCUGCUAUUCCUGUUUCUAUGCUGCUUCUCGUGACUUUCAUCCUCCCGCCCUCAUCACCAGCCAUUCUCCUCCUCCCCUCCUCUCACUGGAUCUCCCCGUCCCCCCUCCCAUCCCCACACGCGGCGAGGGAUACUGCGCUGAACCUCGCCUUAUCAGAGUACCGAGGGAGUGCGUCAGGUGUGUUAUGAGGAGACAGGUGUGGGAGUUGACAGGUGCGCCUCCUUCACCUGUUGCCUCUGUAGAUCGCCGCCGCUCGUUCUCCUCCUCAUCCUCUUCAUCCUCCAGCUCUCAUCCCUCUAGCUCUCAUUCCUCUUCUCACGUCCUCAGCAUCACCAUACCACCCCUGCCUCUCUGUCCUGCUCCCAGCCUCACCCAUCUGCCUCUUGUCCUCUUUGUCCUCAAUGUCCUCCACCCCUGCCGCCCCCUGACAAGCAGAUGUUGCCUCGCGUACAUUCCCACAGGUAGAGAUGCGUAUGUGUCGCCUCAGUGUUGCCUCACGUCACCCCAGGCGUGUUUCUCAGCCACUUACAAGUCUUUCUUCUUUUUAUAAGUCUUGCACGAAAAUUACCUUUUAUUUUAUUUUUUUUAUUCCCAUUGAUACGAAGACAAGUCAUGGUGUGCUCAUAUUGUUAAUAACUCGUUUGGUAUUAAUACAUUUUUUUUUCAGACCUCGAAUUUAAUAACAUGAUUGACUAUUACCGUUAAGACCACCGUCACUGCAAGCACCACCACCACCACCACCACCACCACCGCUAAGUUCACAUUUCUUGUAACUCUAAAACGAAAAUAAACAAUCCAUCACUCAUAUUUUUCGCGGAAACCCACCACGUCUAGAAAUAUGCGUUUCUUUUCAUGUUUUCUUAUACUUUUGGUGUCGCCUUUGAUAAUUGAAGGUUCGCUCCACCUGCCUCACCCCAUCAAGCACAGGUAUAAACGUUUCCCGCACGUUUUUGCUUCACUCCCAGCCGUCAACGUUUAGUGCCGCCGACAGUCAAGUGAGAGGCAUGAUUUAUUUUAACUCUCCCCGUCAUCGCUUGGCGCUUGGGUGUGGUUUAUGAGAGAGAGAGAGAGAGAGAGAGAGAGAGAGAGAGAGAGAGAGAGAGAGAGAGAGAGAGAGAGAGAGAGAGAGAGAGAGAGAGAGAGAGAGAGAGAGAGAGAGAGAGAGAGAGAGAGAGAGAGAGAGAGAGAGAGAGAGAGAGAGAGAGAGAGAGAGAGAGAGAGAGAGAGAGAGAUGUCUGUGGCGUAAUGCGGGGCUUCAAAGGUUAUCUGAUAAUUUCUUUCUCUUCACUCUCCCUCGUUGUUGUUGUUGUUUUUCUGUUCCUUGUGGAAUAUUUGUCUGUUUUAUCAUCUUAAUGAGGAUGAUGAUAAUAAUAGUGAAGAUAAUCAUGAUACGAUCACCACCACUAUCUCCUCCUCCUCCUCCUUCUCUUCCUCCUCCUCCGCCACGCAUCAGUGGAGCUCCCAGUCAGCGCAAAAGUGCUGAGGUUAUAUCCUCGAUGACAAGUCACUCCUCCUCCUCCUCCUCCUCCUCCUCCUCCUCCUCUCUCCUCGCUCCGCUGCACUUCCUCCCCAUAAUCUUCCCCCCAUAUGCACCUCUUCCCUCAUCCUUCAAACUUGUUAAUGGAUAAAAAAAAAUAUGUGCGCCUCCAAUCCCUCUUUCCUCCCCAGUAUAUUUCCCUCUCGUACCUUCCUCCCUUGCAAAUCCUUCCUCCUUCCUCCCUUCCCUCCCUCCCUCCUUCCCUCCCUUACUGCCACCUCUCCAUUAAUUCCCUCCCAUCAGCUGCACCUGCGUUCCUGCCUCUCCCUCCGCCCUCCCUCUCUCCUCUCUCGCUCUCUCCCUCCCGGCCUCCGUCAGCUGAUCCUUCUCACGUAUAUCAUUGUCAUGCCCCGCCCUUGCCUCCACUAAGUCUUAAUCUGUUAUUUUAUUGCUCUAAGGGCACGAUCAGGUAAAUGUGGACCAUGAUUAAACUGUCAAGGUGUGUGUGUGUGUGUGUGUGUGUGUGUGUGUGUGUGUGUGUGUGUGUGUGUGUGUGUGUGUGUGUGUGUGUGUGUGUGUGUGUGUGUGUGUGUGUGUGUGUACUACUACUACUACUACUACUACUACUACUACUACUACUACUACUACUACUACUACUACUACUACUACUAC